AUGAUUACUGUAGCCUUCCUUGUGUACCAUGUUGCUAAAAUAUGGUUAGCUAAAAUAGGAUUAGGCACUACUAAUAAGAAACAGAGAAGGCGAAGUCAAAGACCUCAUAAAGAUUUUCGAUCUGAUGAUACUGAUGAAUUUUCUGAUGAUUCUCUUGCUUCAGGUUCCAACUCGAAACCUCCUUCAAGACCAAACUCUGGUAAAAGCGGUAAACGGAAGAGGAAGCCUCGUAAUAGUGAAGAACAUAGGAAGGGUGACAUAACAUCUGAUGAAUAUGCUCAUUCUGCCAACAGUAGUUUCUCUGAUGAUUCUUUGAUAUUUUCGACUGACAGAAGAGGCAUGCAGGAACCUAGUGAAGCAACAAAAUUGGAAAUAGCCACAAUCAAUGAGUCCAUAAAUCAGAUGAAUACAGCUUUAAAUAGAUUAUCAAAUACAAGUGAGAACUAUAAAUUAGCUGAUGGUACCAUGACUAUGUCACCUGUUAAUGUAUGGAGUUCAGGGGAUUCUGGAAUUCAACCAAAUACCGAUGUUUCAAAUUCAACUUGUGGUGUGCAAACAAAAAGUAAUGACAAUGUUUCUAUCACGUCUCCCAAAAGGCAUUCUUGGACCCUUUCUAUAUCUAAACCAGAAAUAUGGAUGAGUUCAUCGUCAGAAAGCCCUGACCCUCUGACAGGAAGCCAAAGGUCUGCUGAAACAAACAUGGCAGAAAUACGCUCUUCUUCUCCACCUAAAGUUGAAAGGCUUCAUCAAUCAUCAAUAGAGCAAGAUACAGAUGGUAACGUAAAAUAUCUUGUAACUAUUAAUGAAGAUGAAACUAAAAUUUUAUACAAUGUUGAGAAGACAGAGUACAGGACAUUUUCUGUAGGAGAUGAAACUAAUCCUCCAGUAUCAACAGUUAUACCAAACACAAUUAAUAUCAAUCUUACUGAAACUAAAACAAUCCAAAAGAAAGAUAAUUAUGAAGCAAGAGAGAGAGAAAAGAUCCUAUACCAUCGAGGUAAUCAAGACCUAGAUUCAGCUGAUGCUAUUGUUUCAUCUCAUUUCUACCAAGAAGGAAGGAGUCUACAAACUGAACAAGAUGUAAUAGGAGAUAUUGUGAGCAGAGAAAGUUCAGUAGAUAAGCAAUUGGUUGAUUCUGAUGAUAGGUCAUUCAUUAAACCAUCUUCUAGAGAUACAGUUCACCAGGAAUCAAAUUUGCUACCAAUAGAUGUAGAACAUGUCCUUAACAGUACACUCACAGAUUGUGAUGAUACUAAUUCUCCUGAAUCAUUUGUGUCAAGCUCUGUUGAUGUCCUUCAUGAAGUCGAUUAUCUUACAGAAGAAGCAGUUCCUCGAACAGAAUCUGAAAGAUCAGUAUCAUCAACAGGAUGCAGCACAGUUGGUUUACAAGAAUUUGUAUCAAAAUCCACAGAUGUUGAUCAGUUGUAUCCCAGAUCACUAGACUCUUUCAGUUCACCACAAAAUGUAGUCAGUGAAGCUUUGUACUUGCAAGAUGAAAUCAUUUUGUCUGAACAACAAUUGAAUGAUGUUAAACAAAAAGGUGAUGAUCCAAAGAAAUCAACAUUACAAAUCAAUCCAGGAUAUGUUGUUCUUCAUGGAAGUUCAGUUGAUAAUGAACCUAAUUCGGCAUUGCCAACAGAAAGAAGUCCAGCAGUUAGACUGUCACAAAUAGAACUUUCUCCUGAACCAACCAGAAUGAAUUUAAUUUCACCAAGAUCACCUGAAGAAGAAUUGGACGAUGGAUAUGCAUCUAUUAAUGUCAACGAUGGUAAACUCACAUCCUUAUCUUACCAUCCUGAUAUAGGACCGUUUGAGAUUCCUUUGAAUUCAGAUAAAGCCAAUUCAAGAAAAACAAGUUUAGAUGAACCAUUUAGCAGAUUAUCAAGAAAGUCAUCCCUAAAAAAUACUGACAGCUCUCUUUCUACAACACAAUCUGAUGUGCGUACUAAAACUAAACAAAAAGGUGAAAGUGACAAUAAUUUAUGUGACGAAAUUGUUUCCACCUUGUUGCCAUCAAAUACAAAUCUAAAAGAAUCACCCACUGAAGAUUCCUUUUCCCCAAGUGAUAAUGAACAAUUUAUUAACUACUCUCUAUAUCAAUCAGCUGAUAUGGUUCCGCAAGAUGCUCUCAUGUCAACAACAUUUAACAAACAGCUUGCUUUUGAUUUAUCCAAAAUGAAUACCGCUACAUCUGCAGAAAUUUACAAUCAUCUGCAAGACCAGUCCCUGAUUUCUUCUAAAUCAUUUACAACAGGUGAUGCUUAUCAACACAUAGAUGUUUUUUCAAAGAAGAGUGUAUCACCAUCUGCAGAAAAUAACCAUCAACUGCAGGAGCAGUCUUCACUCUCUUUAAAAGUUACAAUAAGCAGUGUCGACCAAAACAAAGAAGAGGACAUGGAAAAUGAAAGACUGCAUGACCUGCUAAAUGAAGGGAGAAUUGAAAAUGAAAUUAGCCAAGAUCUGCUGUCUUCCGUUUCACUAGAAUCAUCUACAAUGGGUGCACAUCAACACUCAAACUUAUACCAAAAGAAUUUAUCAACAUCUGCAGAAAGAGAAGAUUUCCUGCAGGAUCAGGCUCACCAACACAAAGAAGAGGAGAUGGGAAUUAAAAGUUACUAUCAUCCUAAGUCUUCUACAAAAUCAUGUUCAAUGGAUGAUACUUUUCAGCACAAAGAUUUAUCUAAUAGUGAUGUAUUAGAUGUACAUGCUGACAGGCACUAUCAUCUUCAGGACCAGAUUGAAAUUUCUUCAGAUUCAUUGACAAUGUAUGAGGCCUUCCAACACAAAGAAGAAAAGGUGAAAACUGAAUCCAGAAUUACAGCAUUAGAUGGAGCAGAUGGCUCUCAUAUUCAUGGCUAUGGUAAAAGAGUUAAAGCUGUAAUGAUUAGUGAUAGAGGAGACAAAGAAGAGCUGAAAACAGAAACCAGAAGACCAAGUCUUGUAAUUGAUUCCAGAAUGGAUGUACUGACUGAACGCAGACCAAGCCUUGUUUUUGAUUCCAAAUUUGAUGUUUAUAAAAAAGACAAUACCUCAAUUACUGUUCUGGCAAAACCAGCAAGUUUAAGAAUUUUCCUUCCUGAAUCAAGUAUACUGAAAUCUUCUUCUGAUUUUGUUGAAUCAGUAAGACAACAUGACAAUGAUUCAAUGAUCAUCAAUGAAGAUCUAGAUGAGGGACUUUCUCCUCAACAGUCUUUGAGAAUUGGAGGAGCAUUUUUGAACUCUGAUGUGACUGACUCAGUAGGCAACAACAAUAAUUCCAAAACCAUAUGCAAUAGAACAAUUUCUUCCUUAGAAAAUCCACAAAACUCCAGCAGCAUUGGAUAUUCAGAUAUAGACUCCACACAAGCAGCAUUGAAAGUAGGUCAAGCAUUCUUGGGAUCAACACCAGUGCACUCAAUUGCAAACAGACAGUCUUCUCAUUCCAGCUCACUACAUACAAGACCUGACGUGGAUGGCACACAAAAAAUCAUACAAUUUAUUCAUCCAAUGUCCAAAUGCUCUGCACUUACUGGAGGAUUGAAUGAACUACACCAAAGGACACUAUUAGGUGGUACUAAUACAAGUUUUCAUCUGACUGAAUCAGACCAGUCUGAAAUAGAAGAUUCUGGAUUCCAUACACAUACAACUACAGACAGCAGCCUUUCGCCUGAUUCUGAAGAGCAGAAAUCUCCAAGACGUAACAACUCCAUCAAAUCUAAUUCAUCAUCAAUAUCUACAAACAGCGUAACUAUUGGAAUAGAAAUAGAAUCAGACCUUCAAACUAAUACAUCUGAUGAAAAUUCGCAGAUGUCUGACAGGCUUUCAAAGGAUAAUGAGGAACUCAGGUUUGAUGUUCAACAUAUAGAAUUUGGUACUACACAAAGUAACUUCUAUGAUGAAAUCGAUUCUGUGAUUGAUGAGACUGUGGUUGUACAAUCUAAAACUUUGAACUCUAAUAAUCUCAGAUCUGUGGGAAUAAGGACAGAUAAUUCCAUUCUCAGCAAUUUCAAUCAAAUCUCUGACUCUGGUUCCGAACAGACAUUGAUGAGUGUUGAUUCUAGAAAAAUUGAUACAGAUUCCAACCAGUCCAAAUCGAGUGAGUUUAACUCAAGUGGUGAUAUUUACCUCACUCCUGAAAAUAACAGUACUAGUAAUUCUUCCAUUUAUAGAACACCAGACCAAUCUCCUAGACUACAACAAAUAUCUCAUAUUGGUCCAACUUACUCUGAUGGCCUUCCAGUUUCUUCAUCAAAAUUUAAUAAGACACAUCAGUGUGAAGACUCAUCUGAGACAGUGGACAGUUUGAAAUGGGAGUUAGCCAGACGCAUUGCCAAAUUACAGAGUCGAUGUAAAAGUUUGAGUGAUUCAGCCAUAAGUUCUGAUUUCACAGAUUUAGAAAGAUCUGGAUCAUUUAGACAAAUUGCCAACAGAAUCUCAAGAAGAUCAUCUGGAUGUGGUUCUGGUUAUGUUAGCAGGAAGGAAUUAGACAGAUCUUUACAAGAGAUUAGUGUAUAUUUAGAUAAUGCUCCACCACAAAAUCUUAUAGAUCAUACUAUGCAUAGGUCAAUGGAGUACACCAAUAUACCAAACCAAGUAGCCAAUGCUAUGAUGGAAUGUCGUUCACUAAUGGCAAGUCCACCAGCUGACAAUUUAGCUAAUAUUUUGGAUAGCAAACGGCCAGCAAGACUCUAUGGUAGGAAGUGGAGAUCAUUAGGUGACCUAUCAGAAUUAUCUGGAACAGAAAUUUUAAGAAUGUUAAAAGCUGAUUUUGAUGAAUCUCUCAGUCGUCAAUCUUCAUCAGAUAAUUAUUAUCUACCAUCAAACAAAGACUCCAAUUUAUCAAAUGAUAAAAGUCAGAGAUAUAUUUCUUGGGGUGAUAUUCAGUGUAGGAGCUUAGAUGAAUCUAAUACAGAACAAGACUUAGUUGUAUCUGCUGCUUCUAGAACCAACCAGUUCAAUAUUCUUUUGGAUGAAUGUAAACUAUCAAGAGCUAAGAGUUCAAUUGAUUCUCCAAAUAGUCCUUUAUCAGCAGAUCAGUUAGAUUUUUAUCUUGGUAAUAUCCACAGUUCAGAAGAAGACCAUCGAAAGAGGAAUUCUGUUGACCAAGGAGUAAAUUGUCAUGUGGAUCUACUUGAAAGUAAAAGAAGAAUAAGACAUAAAUCUCCAUCAAUGUCAGAUUUGGAACAUGGUGAACCAGUUGUUAAAGAUUUUGAAAAAGCUCAUUCAACUGGAUGUGUAGAUAUUUUGGACAGUCCAGUACCAUCAACAGCAUCUUCUAAUGACAGUAUUACCUUCGUAUUUGUUGGCAAUUCAGAAGAAAAAUCAGAUGUUACUCAUUCCAAUCCACAUCUAAACAAAUCACCAUCGUCUUCAUCACCCCAAACAUCAAGUCGUAGAGGACAAUCAGAAGGUCAUCUAGCCAUCAUCAGUCAUCAAUUUGAGAACAACCAUCUAACUAGAAGACAGUUAUCUAGUAUGAAUGAUGACAGAAGUGAAAGAUCAGCAUCUUGUGAUAAUUUAUCAACACAAGGUAAUAAAGAACUGAGAAGAUCUUACUCCACCAGUUUAUUGGAUGUUGUCCAAAUUGAAGAACCUGAAAUAGAACCAUUUCCUCCUUCUUGUAGCACUGAUGACAUUAUUGAUGGUGAAGAUGAAAGAGGCGUAGAAGAAGAGUUUCUACCAUUGAUGUUUUCGAAACAAAAUGUAUCUCCCAGAUUGCGAAAAACUGUAACAGGACAGUUUGGUAACUCAUGUUUGUCAAAAACACAAUUAGAAAAUGUAACGUCCAAACCUGGAGGUGAAACCAAAAAUCGAAUUCAUAAGCAAGAAUUACAAUCAGUAUUUCAAAUGGAAAUCAAUACUGGAUUGGAUGGCAAUAAUCAAGGAAGAGUUAUUCUUGUAAAUAGGUUGACACAAACAGAUGAUCAUAACCAGCUCUAUAACCAGCAUCUAGACUGGCAGGAAUACCAACAUGAUCAUCUCGAUAUAACAUCUGCUGAUCUUUCUGAUGAAUCUGGAUUUAUUACUGAUGCUAAUGUUUACUCACCUCCUACCUCAUUUAGAGAUAUAUCAUCAAACUUACAUAGUACCAGUACAAUACAAAACUUCUCUGGAUGUACCAAUAGUGACUUACUGACUGUAAAUCAAACAGUUAUAAAACAAACUAUAGAAUCAGGAGAGUCAACUACUAAAGUAAGCAGUUUUACUCAAACCACUGAUUCAGAAAUAGAAAAAGACAUGCUAAAUACAUCUAACACUGAAACACAAACAACUCCAGCAAUUUCACCAAUAGUGAGUCCUGUAACAACAAGAAGAAAUACUUUGAUACAGACUGAUCAAGAUUACCAAACUCAAUCUUUUACAGAUGGUCCAACAAAUACAACUAUCCUUGCAGAAAUAGCUGAUUUGAGAAAGGAGCAUACUAAAAUGAUGGCCUUAUUGGAGCGCUCUAAACAAAAACCAACAAGACCCUCUCAAUUAGAUCUUUUUGUUAAACAGAAAUCUAUAACAUCAGACUCAUCAGGAAGUGUUUCACCUGUUACUGUUAUUGAGAAAUUAGCUUCCAAGCAGGAAUCACAUUGUUCACGAAGAAGAGAAGAAGAUACUUUUGAUAAUCUUUUUUCAACAACUACCACUACAACAACUACCAUAAACAAUAGAGAUGUUAAUGAUGAUAUUGAGGACCUUCGUCUGAAUAUUGAUUUGGAAAGCUUAGAUUACAGUUAUACCAAUCAAAAUAGUACAUCUUCUCAACCAAAUGGAUCAUCUUCCAGCAGAUCUAAAAGAGAUCACAGUGACUCCUUAGUUUAUGUUCCUAUUGGAGAUGAUAACAAGAGGUAUUUUGUAACUACAGCUGUAAGCCCAGAUCAACCAACCAGUCAAGAGAGUAACAAUAAAUCAGAGUGUCUUCAAGAUCAACUUGAUAAACUGCAACAAGAAAGAAUUGAAAUUAUUGACCUGUUAAACCUGAACUAUCUACCAGCUAGUUUAACUGUGGAACUCUUAGAAGCUAAGUUGAAUCACUGUAUUGGUCAAACUGAUGCUUUAUUACAAUCAGUAGAUGAAACGUGGGAUGAUGAUUUUUUAUCAAGACCUCAGCCACCAGCUCAAAACAUUACAGAAAUUUCAAAAGAAUAUAUUAAUAAAUACCGUACAGAGCUGAAAAAAUCUAAGCGGUAUUAUGAUGUUUUUAAAGAGGAAAUGGAAAGAAAGGUUUCUAAAGGUCGUGGAAGAAGGAGAUCCAGAACAACUGAUUUGAUUCAAUUGAAAAGGAAUUCUCAAAUAGAAGCUUUCAAACUAGAGAGACAGUUAGAACAAGAGAGAUAUGAGAAGACUAAACUCUCUAAUUCUAGACAAACAUCACCAGCUUCUCCAGCCACUUCAUCCUCAUCAUUUGAACCUGGUUAUCUCACUCCAAGACAGAGAAUAGAUCAUUUAGUUGGUUUAAGAAGAAACAUUGUAGAGUCAUCUGAAGAAGAAUUGAGUGAACUAAGAAGGAGAUCUGUGUCUCCCAGAUACUCUGACAGAUCAUACAGUCCUGAUUUUUACUCUCUGUAUAGUCCAUCUCCUUCACCAAGAUCAAUGAGCCUGGGAAAUAAUCCUUAUGGAAAUAUUGUAGAUCCUUUUCCAUCACUUUACAGCCCUGAUGUCAGCUUUUCUGGUAGCACUAGAGUAUCACCAACCCCUGGAUUUCAAACUGGUUCAUCAAGCAGGUUGGCACCUACUAUAAGGACUCCAACAUCAUCCAAUACUCAGUCUACUGAUCAUUUAGCAUACAUCAGUCUACCAUAUCAAGAUUAUAUGGCUAAUCAACUGGAUCCAUCUAAGCUUCUACAAGAAUCAGCUGCUGUUAGAAGUCGUAACCUUCAAGAAAUUUCGAGAGCUCACUUAUUUUUACAUCAAUCCAGACACUUGGCAGAUGUUCCUUUAAGAACAUCAAGUCCUGUAGUAAGACACCCAGCAGAAGUAAGAGAAUAUUCUCCACAAUCACCUAAUCAUGGUAUCACUAAAAUGGAUAUAGAUAAGGAUAUUGAACAAUUACGUACUAUUCAAAAGACUUCACUCUAUGGAAAUCCUUCUUCUGUUAGAUGUGCUUCACCUAUGGGAUCUGAUGUAAGUUCAGCUUCUUCAUAUGCUGCUUAUGCUAAGGAUAUACUUGCUAGAAGUGAACGUUCAGUUCAUUCUCCAAGAAGUAAACUUAAUUCAACCUAUAGUGGUAUGACACGAACAUUUCCUCCAAGACCUAGUACACCAUCCUCUAUAUAUUCUGCUGAUUUAGAAUCAUUGACAGAUUCCACGACAUCAUCUAGUCUUGUGACUACCAGACCUGUUAAUGCUAGAGAUAUCAAGGCCAGAAUAGCCAGGAGAAAAAUAACUGAGAGACGAAACAAGAAACCCAGUGAUAAACGAUGAACUAUUUUCAAGUGGUAAAUGGUGACUUUCUAGGCAUAAUUCCAGGAGAAGUUAUAUUCCUGGUUCCGGAAAAUUUCCAAUGCAUUCAGAGAGUGUUUUUAUACAGAAAAUGACAAAGUGCUGAAAUUUUAUAUAUCCUCAGCAUUAUUUAUAUAGUAAUUAAUUCACCAAUGGCAUAUAUUUCACACUGCUUGUUACAAGCUCUUAUUGUUUUUUAAAAAACUUUCCUUCUGUUAGAGCUAAUGUCAAGGAAAGUGUAAAUUAUGCAAAGUGGAAAUAACUUAAAGAAUUUAUGAAUCAAAUGAAAGCAAAGCUGUGAUAUUUGUUUUUAAUAAAUACUAAUAGUGCCAAGCCGAUCUUGUGUUGGUAAGACAAAUAUAACUAAAGAUUUACAUUGUAUAUAACUUGUAAUUAAUAGAUUGUUUAUUUUAUUUAAAUUGUAUUUACUGUAUUAUAUGAUAAUGAACAAAAUUGUAAAUAUCUCUUAUACUUUUGUAUUUUAAUUAUUGAAUUAUUUGAGGCUGAAUGAUCUUCAUAUAGAUAGUUAUUAUAUUUAUGUCUUUUUCAAAUACAAAGACUUUAUUUUUAUCAUCCGUCCUUCUGUAGUAUUAUUUUUUGUUUGUUUUAAAAUUUAUGAUUUUAAAUUCUAUAGUAUUUUUAAUCAUCUUUUAAAUUUGUUUUGUUCAAUAUUCACUUUUGGGAUAUUAAAAAAGAAUGGAAACAGAGACCACACCUGUAAGUGGGCUUUUUCUCUUAAGCAUAGAUUGAAUUUUCAUGUGAAUAAUUGUAAGAAAUUAAUGUUUUAAGUAACUUUAAUGACAGUGACUAAAAGCAAUUUAUGUAUAGAUUAAAUAUUAGCCUACCAAUAAUUUUUACAAGACAUUAUUACAUAACAUACUGUCUCAUUCUACUUAUUUUAUUUUAAACUUUUGCUUUGAUUUAUGUGAGAAUAUAAUUGUUAUAACACGAAUCUGGAAAAUAUUAAAUAUUUUACUU